CCUCACUCUUCAUAAUGAGUCGUGUCCGCGUUACGACCGCUGACGUAGUGGACCACCUUGCCGACAGAGACAUUUGGUCCCGCCCGUCAGUGGGCAUGUGGCUUCGCUUCACCCCGCCGACCAGAUUACAGGCAGGAGUACGGGCAGAAGAAGCUCCCACACAAACAGAGUUCCAAGGAUGAGAAAGUUGAAAGUCCGAACGUACUUGCUGCUUGUCGGGCUGAGCGUCUUGAUGUUCCAUCUCCUGAUCGUCUUUAAUGACAAAAACAUUUGCCUCCAACCAAGUACGGAAGAGGAGCACAAUGGCAUUAUGGAGCCCGCCAACGAGAACAAAACUUUCGUCAGGCCAAUGCAAGUUUGCGAACAAAAUGUGACUGUAGCCAAUACCUCUGGCUUUGCGGCUCUUCCUGGUAGCAUUAAAGACUUCCUGUACUACCGCCACUGUCGCGAUUUCCCCAUGCUACUGGAUGUCCCUCAUAAAUGCAGUGGAGUUGAUGUUUUCCUACUAUUGGUCAUUAAAAGCUCUCCUAGGAACUAUGAGCGCAGAGAAGUGCUUCGCAAAACCUGGGCCAAGGAGAGAAUGCACAGUGGGGUUUGGAUCAGAAGGGUCUUCCUCUCAGGUACGACCAGUCAUGGCUUUGAAAAGAUAAGGCUGAAUAAACUCCUCCAAGCAGAGCAGCGUGAGUACAAAGACAUCCUCCAGUGGGAUUUUGCCGACACCUUCUACAACCUCACUUUGAAGCAAGUGCUUUUCCUGGAAUGGAUGGAAACAAACUGUCCAAACGCUCGCUUCUUGUUAAAUGGUGAUGAUGAUGUUUUUGCCAAUACAGACAAUAUGAUGGAAUUCCUUCGGAGUCUCAAUGACAAUGACGGACGCAAACACCUUUUUACGGGUCAUCUGAUCCAGUACGUAGGGCCCAUUAGGUCACCUGAAAGCAAGUAUUACAUACCCGUUCAGGUGCAGGAGUCAAACUCGUAUCCACCCUACUGUGGGGGCGGGGGCAUUCUCCUGUCAGGCUACACAGCUUUAGUCAUGAAAAAUAUGUCCAGUUCCAUUACCAUCCUUCCCAUUGAUGAUGUUUACAUGGGAAUGUGUCUGGCUAAAGCAGGGCUUGCACCUAGCUCCCACAUGGGAGUGAAGACAGCAGGACUUUACAUCCCGCUCAGCAAUAUAGAUGUAUUCGACCCCUGCUUCUAUAAAGAUAUGCUACUGGUCCACAGAUUCCUACCGGCUGAGAUGUACAUAUUGUGGCAUAGAAUACAAGACCGAGCCCCACAAUGUUGAUUCCUAAGUCAGCGGUAACUUUCAGGAGAAUGCACACUGCCUGAUGUACUCAUUUCCUGGAUACAAGUGCUGCAUGUUUCUUAAUGUGGAUGAUUUGAGCAGAGCUUUACACUUAACUGGCGAGGCUGACUGUUGGGUCUAAACUUACUUGUAUCUAGCAAAAUAAUAAAGACCCAGAGGAGGGCGGAGAGAGAAUCAGACUUGAAACGAAAAUAAAGCUUUUAACACUGACGGCCGUCAGGAGAAAGAUUGAUGCAGCCCGUGUGGCUGCAACAAGCUUAUCUAAACCCUCCCCUGAGAAGCGCCAGCCUUUUAUUAAGGAGUUGGAGAGCAUUCAUUGCACAUGCGUAAGUUUUGUUUUAUCGAGAUUGUAUCAUUUACUGAGAACAGAAACCAGAAUGAAACAUUAUGGUGACAUUUACUGAAAACAGAAAUUUUACUCUUUCCAUUGUGUAAAGACUAAAAAGCAUAAGUGAAUAGAGAAAACAAUCUUAACACCUAGUUUUAAACACACAUUAUUGCAUUUACUAUUAUUGUGAAUAUUGUUAAUACUCUUAUUGUGCAAAAGCAUUAAAGCACAUCUCACACUGACUGUCAACAACAUGACCAGGCAGUCAGUCUGGGCACAUCAUGUUUUGUAAAGAUGUCAUCAGAUGAAACCAGGUCAAAAUGUUUCCUGAGAAAAACUCAAGUGUUUAUUUCAAAUCCUAAUAUGUGAGCCACUCCACAGAAACAACGCUUUUCACACAGUGUCAAAAUGUAAUGUGAUACCCUCUGGAGGCAAGGAUUUUUGAACAAACCUUUACAUCAGAAGCUUCCACUUCAAAGUUUGCGUUCUAAUUUUGUGUUUGUAAGUGAAUGCAUCAUAGUCAUUGAAGAAACACCUAAAUCGACACACCAAUGUUUCAUGUAUUUUCGAUGCUUUCACCGUAUUGCAGCUACUGAAUCUGCUGCUAAAACUUUCAUCUCGGAUUGACAGUUAGAUGCAUAUUUUUUUAAAUUAUUAUUUUUGUUUUUACAUAUAAUAGUGGCUUCGAAAGGUAAACACACCUUAUGAUUGCUUUAGCUCAGGGGUGCCCAAGUCCGGUCCUCGAGAGCACCGAUUCAGCUUUAAUUAAGUUUUAUCACUGGAAUUGAUGUAAAUUCUUUUUUCCAAUGGGUAGGGUCACGUUUGAGAUGACGCUUAAUGGAUGAGAGGCAAGUUACACUUUGGAAUACAAUCAUACCAAUACUAAUUAAUAAUUCACUUUUUGUGUACUCCAAAACAUGACCCACUUUAUCUGUUUUCCAACUAAUGGGACAUAAUCAUGACAUAAAAAAACAAAUGAGCAAGGAGUAUUUAUAAACUUCUGGCAACUCACAGAUGGACCCUAUCCUUCAUGAUGCUUCCGGUACAAGUUUUUUUUGGCAUCUAUACUCGUUGUGAACAAAUGUCUCCAGCUUGCUGCUCUUUCCAUCGUCACUUUAUCUGAUAUUAUUUGCUGUGCGCUAAUGAUUAUGUGGAAGCUGGAGCUGCGAAAUGAAGCAUUCAGCAACUCAUCUGUUUCUAGCCACUUGAACUGUAAUGACAUUAAACAAGUGAAUGGAAAAGCAAACUACGCUAGACUAGGUUCAUACUGCAUGUCAAACGAUUAAAAUUUUUAAUCGAGUUAAUUACAGCUUAAAAAUUAAUUAAUCAUAAUUAAUCGCAAUUAAUCGCAAUUCAAACCAUCUAUAAAAUAUGCCAUAUCUUUCUGUAAAUUAUUGUUGGAAUGGAAAGAUAAGACACAAGACAUAUAUAUACAUUCAACAUACGGUACAUAAGGACUGUAUUUGUUUAUUAUAACAAUAAAUCAACAAGAUGGCAUUAACAUUAUUAACAUUCUGUUAAAGUGAUCCAUGGAUAGAAAGACUUGUAGUUCUUAAAAGAUGAAUAUUAGUACAAGUUAUAGAAAUGUUAUAUUAAAACGCAUCUUAAUGUUUUCGUUUUAAUAAAAUUUGUAAAAUUUUCAAUCAAAAAAUAAACUAGUAGCCCUAUUCUGUCCUCAAUGUGUGUGAGUACACAAAUUGACAGAUAUCGAACAUAAGUUCCAAAAAGAAAUCAGACGGUGUGGCAAAGUUGCAUGGGCUUUACUGAAGUCAUCUCUUUUUGACAGGAGCACGUUUCUUG